CCGUUCCAUGGUGAAGUAGAAAUUCAAAAUGGCGUCGGAACCGGGCUUUGUUCCGACUGCUGUGAAUGUGGACAUUGAAGGCGAUAUUACGGUCCCUGGUGCUCCUGAUGAGGAUGAGGGACCUAGUACAUUAGACGAACCAGUUUCAGCGACAUUAAAGCGAGAUUUAGCAGCAGUGGGCAAGAAAUUCUUCCAUGUACUUAUUCCAAGACAGAGCAAAAGCUUACUAAGAGAUUGGGAUCUUUGGGGACCUUUGAUCCUUUGUGUACUUCUCGCGAUGAUGCUUCAAGGCCAUACAGUGGUAGACAGCAACAAUGAUGGUGGACCGCAGUUUGCCGAGGUGUUUGUUGUGGUGUGGGUAGGAGCUAUAGUCGUCACUGUCAAUUCAAAGUUACUUGGUGGUACAAUAUCAUUUUUCCAGAGUGUUUGUGUUCUUGGAUAUUGUAUUCUUCCCUUGGACAUAGCUCUAACAGUGUGUCGACUCAUAUUAAUCACCAAGCAGACUGCGGCGUUAUUUGCUGUUAGAUUUAUUCUCGUCAUAUUGGGAUUUGCAUGGUCAACAUUUGGUAAGUUAGGCUGAUGUUUGCAUUAUGUAGCCUGUGUUACUUCAGUUUUAUCCAUAACUCCCCGGGGAUAUUGGGCUGGAAAUUCUUCUUCGCUAAUAAGGCCACGUGGUCAUGUACAGCCACUGCUGCCCUGCUCCACAACAAAAAACCAACUUGAAAUUGAUAACAGUAAAUGAACCACCCUAACAGGUUUGUGAAGCUGAUGUUGCAAGCAUUUGCCUUUUGCUCUUAGGGCUAACGCUUAAAAUGUUGACUUCACAAACUCACUACAGCAAUAAAUUUACCUUUAUCAAUUUUAUAGAGUUGAUAAAUGGCUUUUAAUUACUACUUGCUCUCAUUUUCUAUGAGUGACAGGCCACUUGACAGUUUGACUGUUCCCUUGUAGAAAAAUCAGACUAGUGAAUUAAAUACAUGUAGAGUAAAAAAGGAACAAUGAAAGAGAAAUCGCUCUAUAGAGCAUUUCUGUUCAUUUCAAUGUUUUUAAAUAUUUAUUUUCACUAUUUGCACUUUUGCAACCAAUUUUUUUUUUUUUUUUUUGCUGCUUGUGGCUUACUUACUAGUUUUUCUU